AUGGACGAGUACAAGGUGAAGGGGCGUCCACCCGGACGCUGUCACAUGAAGGGCAACUGCGGCAAGAAGAGCAUCUUCAGCCCCGAGCUUCCAUGCUCCGUUGACGAACGGGCAUCUAUACCGCAAGGAUCAAGCUUCCGAGACCGUCUGGCUGCUACGUGCGGCUCUGAAUUUGCCGAAGGACCUGUAUGCUGUACCGAAGCUCAGGUCGAGAACCUGUCUGCAAACCUGCAGCAAGCCGAACCGUUGAUCUCUUCAUGUCCCGCCUGUCGUAACAACUUUCGAUCACUUUUCUGCUCCUUUACUUGCUCGCCCGACCAGGCCCAAUUUGUCGAUGUUGUCGAAACGCAACAAGUCACGGGAAGUGAUGGCAAGCCGUCGGAAGCCGUCAAGACGGUAGAGUAUUACAUCGACGCGGAGUGGAAGCAAAAGUUUUUUGACAGCUGCAAGAACGUCAAGUUUGGGGCCAGCAACGGGUUUGCCAUGGACCUGAUCGGUGGCGGUGCUCAGACACCAAAUGCCUUUCUCAAGUUCCUUGGCGACGAAAAGCCAUUGCUAGGAAGCCCCUUUCAGAUCAACUUUCCCGAUCAAAGCUCGGAUCACAGGCUGCAAUGGGCACAUGCGCCAUCUGCACGCCCUCACAACCAUUCACUUGCACCACCUGUCCCUUUUAACCAGAAUCCGAGGCAAUGCGGUGACCCCGAUCUGUUGUCGCGCUGUACUUGUGUUGAUUGCCCUGAUACUUGUACAGCGCUUCCGGAGCUGCCGCCAUCCAAUCAGCCCGGCUCUGCAUGUUCAGUGGGACCCAUGUCUUGCUUCACAUUUUCUGCCAUCAUACUGUACAUGCUGCUUGUGCUGCUACUAUGGUUCUGGGGACCUGUAUCAGCCCUUGUGCGCGGUCGCCGAGGCACUAUUGCCCUGUCGUAUCGUACGAGCGGUCUCAGCCUCUUCAGCCAGUCCAGCGGUUUCGAGCGUGUCCGCAUGGACUCAGAAGACUCUCUCGACGGUGUCGAAAGCGGACACCCAUCCAAUCAGCGAAACACGGGUAGUCUGAUUGGAGCAAGGGGGCUUGGCCAUUAUGGUGAAGGAAGCUCUGCAAGCUCCGCUCCAGACGGCACCUACCGCGGCAUCGGGCUCGAACGCAACGACAAUCUUUCCGCUCUAGGAGCGCUUCAGCCACGCAAGUACGCUUUGAACCAGCUAUUGACUUGCACCUUCUACCGCCUUGGGCUGCUGUGCGCACGCCAUCCCUGGUUGACUUUCAUUCUGGCAGCUGUGUUUGUCGGUAUUGCCAACAUCGGCUGGAAGGACUUUGAAGUCGAAGUGGAUCCGGUCCGCCUUUGGGUGGCGCCUGGGUCGACCGCCAAGAUGCAGAAGGAUAUCUUUGAUCAAGAAUUUGGGCCAUUUUACCGGCCACAGCAAAUUUUCCUGAUAGACCAGCAUUCGUAUCAGGAUCUAUCCACUUUACGAAACAAUGCGUCUGACCCUCAGCUCGCAGCUCUCCCGCCUGCACUGUCCUGGGAACGGCUACUAUGGCUCGCCGAUCUAGAGAAAGAAGUACGGGAGCUCAAGUCACCUUCGGGCAUCACCUUGCAGGAUGUAUGCCUUGCCCCUGCAGGUUCAGGUACACCUUGUGUUGUGCAAAGCAUUCUCGGCUACUUCCAAGACGAUCCUCUUGGUAAUGGUCUUGAUGCAGACAGCUGGGAUGAAGCUCUCGAUAAAUGCAGCGACAAUCCUGUUGAAUGUCUACCAUCAUUCGGACAACCGCUCAAGCCAAACAUCGUGCUUGGCGGUUUGCCUGAAGGCGCUCUGCCAAGUCAAGCGCGGGCUGCUGUCGUGACGUACGUUCUAAACAACAGCCUGAAUGGCACCACACUCAAAGCGGCCGAAGAGUGGGAGCUGGAGCUGCUCAACCUCCUUCAAGAAGUUGCUGCUGCUCCGCCGAACAAACAAAUGAAGACUUCAGCUUCAGAGCAUCAUCCGCUCUCGGUGCGACGCCAACAGUUGGGCAUUCAAAUCGCCUUCAGCACUGGAGUCAGCCUUGAGACCGAGAUCGGAAGCAGCAGCAACACUGACGUCAGCAUCGUUGUCCUCUCUUACUUGACUAUGUUCAUUUACGUGGCACUCACUCUGGGCGGAAGAAGCGAUCAUGGAGUUGAAGCCAACGACGGUUCAGAGCAAGGAUCGCCGACCACCGAGCAAGGAUCCUACCUUCGAGCUAAUACGCUCUUAUCGUACUCCAGUAAUGGAAGAUCGAGGCUUGUUCAAAGAACUCUUCGUCGAGCUCGGUCCUUCAUGAAUACCUAUUGCGUGUCCUCCAAAUUUACCCUCGGACUUUUCGGCAUUGUCAUCGUACUAUGUUCCGUUUCAUGUGCUAUCGGUAUAUUUAGCGCAAUGGGCGUCAAAGUUACACUGGUCAUUGCCGAGGUCAUACCUUUCAUGCUUCUCGCCGUUGGUGUUGACAAUAUCUUUUUGCUCUGCAACGAGAUGGAUCGUCAGGAUCACCAGCACACGUCGGCCGAGCCCGAAAUCACUCAUUCAGCUUCAAGUGCGCCGCCCACGGGUGUACCCGGACGUUCUCCACUCUCUCCGACAGAUGCAGUGGAGCCUAGAGGAGAUCUUUUCAUGAAUAUAGGUGCUGCCUCGAACACAACCGGACGCGUCACGGUUGAAGAGCGGGCAGCUCGUAGUCUAGCUCGCGUCGGACCUUCCAUCCUCUUGAGUGCAACAACCCAAAUUGUGGCUUUCCUGCUCGGUGCAGUGGUGCCGAUGCCUGCCGUUCGGAAUUUCGCCCUCUACGCCGCAGGAAGCAUGCUGAUCGUUGCGGUACUGCACUGCACUGUCUUCAUUGCAGCCAUGGCGCUCGACGCCCACCGCGUUGAGAGCGGACGCAUUGACUGCAUGCCCUGCAUCAAGGCGACUCCUCGUCAGCGUCAAAUUCAGCUGCUCACAGACGCGGUCGCUGGAGCCAAAGAGGGCACGCUCGACUCCUUCAUUCGCUACCGCUUCGCACCGACCUUGCUUCGGUCCAAUGUUAAGCGUUUGGUCGUCGUGACUUUUGGCGCUGUCGCUGUCAUUAGCUCCAUCGGGGUGCGAAGGAUCGAGAUGGGCCUCGACCAACGCCUCGCGCUCCCAUCCGCGUCGUAUUUGAGGCCUUACUUUGACGCUAUUGACGUCUUCCUCGACGUCGGUCCUCCUCUAUACUUUGUUGCCACAGGGGGGGAGGUGUCAGAGCGCCAAGGUCAGAGAGAUCUUUGUGGCAGGUUCACAACCUGUGAGCCGUUGUCGCUAGCUAGUACCUUGGAGGGUGAACGUCGAAGACCUGAAGUAUCAUGGAUCGCGGAGCCAGCCAGCAGUUGGAUUGACGACUUCCUUCAGUGGCUCAAUCCAAUUCUGGAUGGCUGCUGUCGCGUCAAAAUCUCGGAUCCCACCGUCUUUUGUGAUCCUCACGACAGCCCCUUCUCUUGCCAACCGUGCUUCGAGGGCCGAGAUCCUCCGUGGAACAUCACCAUGGAUGGGCUUCCUGAAGGCCAAGAGUUUUACCGCUAUCUCAGGAAAUGGCUCGAGAGUCCGACAGAUCAAGAAUGUCCACUGGGCGGUCAAGCGGCUUAUUCUUCGGCGCUCAGUAUUGUCACUGAUCUCGAGACUGGCAAAGAUAGGGUACGCUCUUCGCAUUUCCGAACCUACUUUGCGCCGCUCCGAUCGCAGUCGGAUUUCAUCAGCGCGCUGGAGCAGUCGCAACGGAUCUCGGAGGACAUCUCUAGUCGAGUGGGCUACCGCGUCUUCCCAUACAGUCUCUUCUUCAUCUUCUUCGAACAAUAUACAUACCUGCUCUCGAUGGCGGUACAGGUGCUUGGAUCAGCUGCUGUCGCUAUUUUUGCCAUCAACACGGUAUUACUUGGUAGCUGGCGUACGGGAGCGGUUGUGACGCUGAGCGUGGCAAGCGCUGUUUGGCUAGUGGCUGGCGCAAUGGGUUUCUGGGGUAUCCAGUUCAAUGCACUCACUCUGGUCAACUUGAGCGUAUGCGCAGCAAUUGGGGUCGAAUUUUGCGCACACAUCGCGCGUGCGUUCAUGCGUGCACCAGGAGCUCUGCCGCGGUCGCACCCCAUGUCACAAAAGGAAAGGGACGAGAGAGCCUGGCUUGCCCUCACCGACGUGGGCAGUGCCGUGGUCAAUGGCAUUUUCUCGACCAAGCUGAUUGGUGUCGGCGUGCUCAUCUUUACCAAGUCGGACCUGCUCAAGCUGUACUACGCCAAAACCUGGCUUUGCCUGAUCGUCGGCGGUCUUCUCCACGGAUUGAUUUUGCUGCCGGUGCUGCUCAGCUGGCUCGGAGGUCGAGGAUGGUCAAGUGGGGAGGACGAAUCGGAUGUCAAGCGUCGCCUGAAUCGAGCCGGAUCCGAGUAUCGACCAUUGAUGGCGUCGGAACCUGAUGGCAGUGAUGAUGACGAGGAUUUUGGAACAGGCCUCUGA